ACAGCAGACUUUGGGAUGACAUAUUUUAGUCAUACAAAUCCAGUUUCUCCCCUCUGGCAUCUGAGAUCCAGCUCACUUGGAGCUCCACCUCAGCACUGGCCUCUCCAAUUCCUCCCUGCGCACCAGAAAGAAAAGUUCUCUCCAAGAAAUCAUGGGAAAGAAUCCUCCAGGGAACCGGGAGGACUGUCACGUCCUAGAUGCAGAAGCAUCUAAAUCCAACAGAAAGAUUUGUAGGCGAUAUAAGAUUUGGGGAUUAGUCUUCAGUAUCCUGGCCCUUUCUCUCAUUCUUCUGUGUACGGGCAGCAAGCAUUUCUGGAACCCAUCAACCAAAAAAUUUUAUGACAUGGAGCACACGUUCUUCAGUAAUGGAGAACAGAACAAGAUUCGGAUGGAAAUCGACCCUCUCACCAGGACCGAGAUAUUUAGAAGUGGAAAUGGCAGCAAAGAAAUUCUGGAGAUACACGACUUUAAAAAUGGAUUCACUGGGAUCCUCUUGGUUGGUCUUCAAAAGUGCUUCAUCAAGACUCAGAGUAAAAUGAUCCCUGAACCUGCUGAAGCAGAGGUGGAAGAACUGGAGGACGGUGCCAUCACAACAACAUACUUCGAGCAGUCUGUGGUGUGGGUUCCAGGAGAAAAGCCAAUUGAAAACAAAGAGUUCUUAAAAAACUCAAAAAUUUCUGAGGUCUGCAAGAAUGUGAGCAUACACUGGAUUCAUCCAACGCUGCUAGCAGCUCCUGUGCUCCAAGCCUCUGAGGAAGGGGAUGAAGAGAUCCCCUUUCUCCCAAGCCCAGAAGAGGGGGUGAAACCCUACAAACAUGGGGCCAAUCCUGGCCUGAAGUCGGAGAAGCGGCGCCAGGCCCGCCAGCUAACAGAACAGGACCUUCCCGUGAAUGAUUAUACUGAAAACGGCAUUGAAUUCGACCCCAGCCUGGAUGAGAGAGGUUACUGCUGCAUCUCCUGUCGCCGGGCCAACAGAUACUGCCGCCGGGUCUGCGAGCCUCUCCUGGGCUUCUACCCCUACCCCUACUGCUACCAAGGAGGGCGAGUCAUCUGUCGGAUCAUCAUGCCCUGCAAUUGGUGGGUGGCCCGGAUGCUAGGGAGGGUGUAGGGCACAGCCUGGGUGGCAGAUAACUAAAGCUCACGAUGGCUACUGCGCUAUAACCGCGUAGCAGAGAAUCUAUGCCCCCGAGGCCCUUGUAUGCUUCCCAUCAACUCUCUUCCCACAAACAGCACCUGUAUCGCUAUCUUAAACGUGUACUUCCUCGA